GUAUGUUGAAAAAUAUGGGCUUGAUGGUCCAUGUCCAGACAUAGAGGGCCUCCUGAAAAAGAUAGCACUUAAACUGGGGAAGACUCAGAAGGUCAAGGCACUCACAGGGGUUGGUAUGUACUAGGGAAAUUUAAAAAGAGAAAUUUAAAUGCUCAAAACCAGAGCAUUAGUGAUAUAUAUUUAUGUAUGUUUUGGAAGUGUGUGAGCACAUACCUGCAUUUUGGUAUUCAGGACUUGUAUGCACCAAAAUUAUUUUUGGGACGGGGAGGUGAGGUUUGUUUUUAUUAUGUAAAAGAAAUGGCAGUAAAAAAAAAAAAACUAAAAAAAACUGUAAUUAGAAAUGCUGUUGCAACUUAAAACAAAAUAAUUGAAUAUUGUUAUGUAUAUUUUGUAGUCAUUACAAAUAAGUCUUAAACAAUUUUGUCCAAGAACAAUAUCCUUUGUGAUAACUGGAAAACUGUUGUGUAUGAGCUCAUUUUUCACAGUUUCAAUCUGUGUGUUUUAAGGUGACGUGAAUAUAACCGUGCCAAACUAUAGUGCCGCCGCUUACGAUUUUAUCCGAACGUAUCGGAGAGGAGAACUUGGACAGAUGACUCUGGACUGA